CCGCGCGGCCAGGCGGGCCCGCGUCCCCUUCGUGAGCUCGCGCCCGGGCGGCGCAUGGAGCAGGAGCAGGCAGGCACCUUCACAUCUCCCAAUGGGGUGGCUUUGGUCUGGAUGCCUGUCCCCUGUGAGCUGCCUGAUUCUGCUGUGGGCAGCAGGCUCUGGGAGCAUUGAGGUCCUGCACGAGCCCACCUGCUUUUCUGAUUACCUCAGUGUCUCCACCUGUGAGUGGCAGCUGGACGAAGCCAUCAACUGUAGUGCUGAGCUGCGCCUGUCCUACUGGCUGGACUUCGACUUAGCAUACCUGGAAAACCACACGUGCAUACCUGAGAACAGUGCGGACAAGGUGUGUGCAUGCCACAUGCUCACGGAGGGCUUGUUCCAGCUGGACAGCUACCGACUUGACCUGUGGGCAGGGCAGCAGCUGCUGUGGCAGGGUGCCUUCAGGCCCAGUGAUCACGUGAAACCCCGGGCCCCAGGAAACCUCACAGUCCACAACAACAUCUCUGAUGCAUGGCUACUGACGUGGAGCAACCCGUACCCACCCAACAGUCACCUGUACAAGCAUCUCGCCUACCUGGUCAACAUCUCCAGGGAGGACAACUCUGCAGAUUUCACUAUCCAUAAUGUGACCUACUUAGAGCCCAGCCUCCGCCUCGAAGCCAGCACCUUGAAAUCAGGAGUGUUCUACCAAGCUCGGGUGAGGGCCUGGGCCCAGAAGUACAGCAGCGCCUGGAGCGAGUGGAGCCCUAGCAUUAGAUGGCAUAACUACUACCAGCCACCUCUGGAGCAGCGCCUGCGCCUGGGUGUCAGUGUCUCCUGCAUCAUCAUCCUGGUCAUCUGCCUGUCCUGCUACCUCAGCAUCACCUGGAUUAAGAAAGUGUGGUGGGACCAGAUCCCCACCCCGGCACGGAGCCCCCUGGUGGCCAUCAUCAUCCAGGACUCACAGGUGCCGUCGCGGGAAAAGCAGUCCCUAAGCCAGGAGCCAGCCAAGUGCCCACGCUGGAAGACUUGUCUCACCAAGCUUCUACCCUGUUUCCUGGAGCAUGACAUACAAAGGGACAAGGAUUCCCCAAAGACCUCCAGAAACAGGCCUCUCCAGGGUCCUGGAAAGCCAGUCUGGUGUCCCAUGGAGGCCAGCGGGUCGGUCCUCUGGCCAGAGAGCGUCAACCUCAGUGUGGUGCGGUGUAUGGAACUGUUUGAGGCUCCCAUGGAAAGUGAGGAGGAGGAAGAGGAAGAGGCUGACAAAGGGGACCUAUGCGUGUCACCCGAGAGCAGCGGGGGAGGCUUUCAGGAGGGCAGGGCAGGCAUCGUGGCCAGGCUGACUGAGGACCUGUUUGUGGACCUGCUGGGGCCUGAAGCUGGGACUCUGGGGAAGGUGUGUCCCUCUUCGCCUUCAGGAAGCCCAAAGCAGCCUUUCCACCUGCAGCCUUCUCCAGACAGCCUGACCCACGGCCACAGUACCACCAGCCCUGCCUGUACCCAGGUGCCCAUUGUCAUUGAAGACAACCCCGCCUACCGCAGCUUCAGUGACUUCCACAACCAGUCCCCAAGCCCCGAGGAGCUGGCAUCAGACCCACAGUGGGCUGGACACCCGGAGGAAGGGAGCCCUCCAAAUCCUUGUGUCCCCCAGCCCUCAGCCACCACUGUGUUGCAGACUGAGCCAGAAAGCUGGGAGCAGAUCCUUCGCCUGGCGGUGCUGCAGCAUGGGACGGCCGCCGCGCCCACCCCCACCCCUGCCAGUGGCUACCGGGAGUUCAUGCAGGUGGUGAAGCAGGGCGGUGUCCAGGACAGUGGGGUGGCUGACUUUGGACCCUCUGGAGAGGUGGGGUACAAGGCCUUUUCUAGCCUGCUCACCAGCAAUGCCCUCUGUAUGGAAACAGCAGGAGCAGCAGCAGACAGCGGGGAUGGGGGCUACAAGCCCUUCCAGAACCUCGUUCCUGACCACCUUAAGGACCCUCACCCCAGCCCCAUGCCCCUGUUCACCUUUGGACUGGACACAGAGCUGCCUUCUAACCCUCCAGACUUAUCCCAGCCCAGCAGCACCCUGGAGUGUUUGGAUCUGGAGCCAGCAGUCAAAGUUGCUGACAGACAGAAGCCCCUGUGCCCCACAGAACAGCUGCCCCAGCCACUUGGGGAUGACCUGGGCCUUGGCAUUGUUUACUCAGCCCUUACCUGCCACCUUUGUGGCCACCUAAAGCAACACCGUGGCAAGGAAGAGAAUGGCCAGGUGCUUAUCAUGUCCAGCCCCUGCUGUGGCUGCCAUUGUGGAGAUAGACGGUCACUCCUGGAGAGUCCUUUUGGGGCUCUGGACCCCAUGGCUGGAGGACUGCUGCCAAAAGCCAACCUCUCCCCAGUACUGGGGCCACUCUUGGGUGUGUCAGAGGAGGCCAAGGCCUCUUUGCUCCUGCAGCCCACCUUUAGCCAUGGUCACCAUUCUAGCCAGACCCCCAAGGUGGAGCACUUGGUGCCUAUGGAGGCCCUGGGCAUGACGGUUUCCUGAGCACAUAGCUUCUUAUUGCUGAAGUCUGUAGGUGAGGACAGGGCUCAUCCCAGCUCAUCACUAGAGACUGCCCAGCUGGUCAUUUUCCCAAAAACCCGGAAAAGAUAUAAACAUGGCCUUGGAGACUGGGCACCUCCCAUAGCACUAGCCUGGGCUCUCCCUGUGCCACGAGGGUGGAGGGCUGUUGAACUCCUGGUGCCUCAGCGGGUGAACUCCAUAGCUCCUCUAUGGGCUGAUUUUCCUACCCUAGACCUGUGGCUCUCACAUUGCUACUGGGAUAGGUGCAGGCACCUCACUGAACUGGUUGCUGAGCCUGGAAACUCAUACAGUCGUCAAAGCAAUGCCUGGAAGACCUUGGAAAUGGGCUUGGGAAACAGGUCCUGGGAGGACAGGCAUGGGCCUCAAGGAGCAGGAAGUUCACGCAUCAGUUUUUAUGAGUCAAGGGUAGAGGCAGAACCUGUGCUGUCUUGGCUGCUCAGUCAAGGUGGAGAUGCAACAAAGACAUGAGAAACUGGAGUUGCCAAAGAAUUAGCCAUCAUGGCCAGAUGCCCAUGUGCUACCUCCAACUGGGCUCCUAGUGAGUGGGAAUCCCAAGUAAACAAACCCCACUGACCUGUGACGCUCUCAUUGGACACCGUUGCUGGCAGCCACAAUGAGGCCAUGAAGAAACGGGGCUCAUGUCCCAUGAUUUGAUCCAGCUGGGCAAGCAGGAUGGCAGGUGCCAGUCACCCUGCAGGCUGCCCAGAGCUGCCACAAUGGGAGCUGUGUUGAGCAGUGUCUCUCUUCACAGCUGUCACACUUGGGCUCUGUUUGCUGAGGAGGGCAGACUGUACCUGUGGAGCUUUAUAUCAAUAAAGGCUCUUUAUCUCGUUA